AGGUUUUGAGUGUUAGGUUUUGAACGGCUGUUGUGAGCAACCAGUUCCAGUUCCAGUCCCACUUCUCUCCUCAAGAUUUCGUCAUCAAGCUAGAAGCUGAAGCCAUGGCGGGAUAUCGCAGACUGAAAGAUCGUUUUUUGGCUUCUUCCUCAAUGCCAACCGACGGUCAGCCACCAAAUCGCCCACCCCCUUUUAAGGAUCCGCCUUCAUUCUCCCUCUUCCUCUUCCUUCUCUACCUCACCCCCACAAAUGCGAGCUCAUCCCACCUCACUCUGGUGCUUCCGCUUCACUUCCCGCAGCGUGGAAUAAAUUAUAAUCCCCUGUUUCAUUUCCGCAGUUCGAUCAGGGGAAUUGGGUGUUGAAGCUUAAAUCAUGGCGGGUGAAAUGGAGAAGCCUUUGCUAGAUCCCGAGAAUUUCAAUCGAGAAGGAAUCGAUCUGGAGCGAUUACCAUUAGAAGAAGUUUUUGAACAACUGAGAACUUCAAGUGGAGGACUUUCUUCCGAGGAUGCUGAAGUCCGCCUGAAGAUUUUUGGCCCAAACAAACUUGAAGAAAAGCCAGAGAACAAAAUUUUGAAGUUUCUUGGUUUUAUGUGGAAUCCCUUGUCAUGGGUUAUGGAAGCUGCUGCAGUGAUGGCAAUUGCCCUUGCUAAUGGUGGAGGGGAGGGUCCUGACUGGCAGGACUUUAUAGGGAUCAUUUGUUUACUAGUAAUCAAUUCAACAAUUAGCUUUAUAGAGGAAAAUAAUGCAGGGAAUGCUGCAGCAGCGCUUAUGGCUCGCUUAGCUCCAAAAACAAAGGUCCUCAGAGAUGGGCACUGGCAGGAACAAGAUGCAGCUAUUCUAGUACCAGGAGAUAUUAUAAGCAUUAAGCUUGGUGAUAUUAUCCCUGCAGAUGCUCGCCUGCUUCAAGGAGACCCUCUAAAAAUUGACCAGUCUGCUCUUACUGGAGAAUCUCUCCCUGUUACCAGAAGAACUGGUGAUGAAGUUUACUCUGGUUCAACGUGUAAGCAUGGAGAGAUUGAAGCUGUAGUGAUAGCAACUGGAGUUCACUCUUUCUUUGGAAGAGCAGCUCAUUUGGUUGACUCUACUGAAGUUGUUGGACAUUUUCAAAAGGUCCUUACUUCCAUUGGGAAUUUCUGCAUUUGCUCUAUUGCUGUGGGAAUGAUUCUUGAAAUAAUUGUCAUGUACCCCGUACAACAUCGUUCAUACAGAAAAGGAAUUGACAACCUUCUUGUUCUCUUAAUUGGAGGAAUUCCCAUUGCUAUGCCAACUGUAUUAUCUGUUACACUUGCUAUCGGUUCUCAUCGACUCUCUCAACAGGGUGCCAUUACAAAAAGGAUGACCGCAAUUGAAGAAAUGGCUGGAAUGGAUGUACUUUGCAGUGACAAAACUGGAACUCUUACCCUGAAUCGCCUCACUGUUGAUCGAAACCUUAUUGAGGUUUUCAACAAAGAAAUGGACAAAGACAUGGUUGUCUUACUUUCAGCUAGGGCAUCUAGACUGGAGAAUCAGGAUGCUAUUGAUACAGCCAUUAUCAACUUGCUUGCUGAUCCAAAGGAGGCUCGUGCAAAUAUCACAGAAGUGCAUUUCCUGCCAUUUAAUCCUGUUGAUAAACGUACUGCAAUUACCUACAUAGAUUCUGAUGGUAAUUGGCAUCGGGCCAGCAAAGGUGCUCCAGAGCAGAUUUUAAAUAUGUGCCAAGAGAAGCAAGAAAUUGCAGGGAAAGUUUAUGCCAUCAUUGACAAGUUUGCUGAACGGGGAUUGCGAUCUCUCGGGGUUGCUUAUCAGGAUGUUCCAGAAAAAACUAAGGAGAGUCCUGGUGGUCCUUGGACAUUUUGUGGGCUGUUGGCAUUAUUUGAUCCUCCAAGACAUGAUAGUGCAGAGACCAUUCGCAGAGCACUUAACCUUGGGGUUUGCGUUAAGAUGAUAACAGGUGAUCAGUUGUCAAUUGCAAAGGAGACAGGUCGACGACUUGGCAUGGGAACAAACAUGUAUCCCUCUUCAUCAUUGUUGGGCCGUGACAAAGAUGAACAUGAAGCGCUUCCAGUGGAUGAGCUCAUUGAAAAGGCAGAUGGCUUUGCUGGUGUAUUCCCUGAACACAAGUAUGAAAUUGUAAGAAUUCUACAAGAAAAGAAACAUGUCUGUGGAAUGACUGGAGAUGGUGUAAAUGAUGCACCCGCUUUAAAGAAAGCAGACAUCGGAAUAGCUGUAGCAGAUGCUACAGAUGCUGCAAGGAGUGCUGCUGAUAUUGUCUUAACAGAACCUGGCUUAAGUGUGAUUAUCAGUGCCGUCUUAACUAGCAGAGCUAUAUUCCAAAGAAUGAAGAACUACACAAUUUAUGCUGUCUCCAUAACCAUAAGGAUUGUGCUUGGUUUUAUGCUCCUGGCAUUGAUUUGGGAGUAUGACUUCCCACCUUUCAUGGUUCUGAUAAUAGCUAUAUUGAAUGAUGGGACUAUCAUGACAAUCUCCAAAGAUAGGGUGAGGCCGUCUCCAAGACCAGACAGCUGGAAACUCAAUGAGAUUUUUGCAACUGGCAUUGUUAUUGGCGCUUAUCUUGCUUUAGUUACAGUCUUAUUUUAUUGGGUUAUAAAUGGCACCACAUUCUUUGAGUCCCAUUUCCAUGUGAGGUCCCUUACUAGCAGUGAGGAAAUUUCAUCGGCUAUAUAUCUGCAAGUGAGCAUAAUCAGCCAAGCUUUAAUAUUUGUUACUCGCAGUCAAAGUUGGUCGUUUUUGGAAAGGCCUGGGGCUCUGCUGAUGUGUGCAUUUGUGGUGGCUCAACUGGUGGCCACCUUAAUUGCAGUCUAUGCACAUAUAAGCUUUGCUUCAAUUAGUGGCAUUGGAUGGGGGUGGGCAGGAGUUAUAUGGCUAUACAGUUUAGUCUUCUAUGCACCACUUGACAUUAUCAAGUUCACAGUUCGCUAUGCUUUGAGUGGAGAGGCAUGGAAUCUCUUGUUUGAUCGGAAGACAGCAUUUACUUCUAAGAAAGACUAUGGGAAGGAAGAUAGGGAGGCUAAGUGGGUACUUUCUCAAAGAACUCUACAAGGAUUGAUGUCUUCAGAGUUUGAUAUCAAUGGAAAGCGAUCAUCUCUUAUUGCUGAACAGGCUAGGCGACGUGCUGAAAUAGCCAGGUAUUGUGGACUCAUACUCAUCACGCUGUAUGAUAAAGCAUGCAUCCAUGAUUAUCUUGAAGAGAUCUGGAUGACAACCUCAGAAAUAUAUCUUUUUUCAUACAUUAUGGUUUUAUGAAUCAUGGAAGGCAAUAUUUACCGAAUGGUAAGGGUGCUGCAACAAAACCUAGAGGCUGUGUUCAAAUAAAAAAUAGCCUCUCUGAAGUGUGGAUGUCAGGAUGCGUGUGUUAUGCCCUCCGCAGACUGUCAAUGUGGUGUGGACCUGUGGAAACCAUAUACACUCUGAAUAUGUUUUUUCUUUGGGUGCAAAAAAAAAUACAUUUUAAACAAUUAAGCCCAUAUGUUUGACUUUCAUUUCUAAGUUGUCUCUAUGGUUUUGUUUAUUUAUUUUUCAGUUUCGACCUUAAAUUUUCAGAAGUGUACAGUUUGGACCUUUUGCCAUAAAUUAUACUAAUAAUUGGUAGUCAUUUUAUAAUAGUUGAAAGUACAAUUGGGAAGACAUCAGUUGAACUAUUAAUAAAUGUGUAUUAAGAGUUUUGAAUUGCCGCAA